GAUCAUUGAAAUUAAGACAAUGCUGCACAAUUCCUUCUGUUGUGUUCCCAGAAUCAAUCAAUCGUUAUGCCACCCAGGAGUUCCCACCAACCUCGUGCCGGGACUUACAUCCCCUACAUGGCCUUCAUCAUCUUUUCAGCCAUCUUUGUCUUCAGGUUGGACGUCUUUGUUACCCAAACAAUCUCUACGGCUCGACGUAACCAAGAACUCAAAUAUGAAAUCACAACGCAGGAGCCCAGUCCACCUACCGUUAUCAAGAACGAAAACGCCACUUUCUACAAGCAUGUCCUCGUCACGUGGGGUGAAUUCCACACUGAGAUACUCAACGACGGGGAGCUCCUCAAGCUUACGCUCGACAAACAUUCUGGCUCCGGCUUCCAGUCCAGGAAACAAUUACUCUUCGGAAAGAUUGACAUGCAAAUCAAGCUUAUCCCUGGAGACUCUGCAGGCACUGUCACAACUUAUUAUUUUUCAUCACUAGGCGACCACCAUGAUGAGAUAGACUUUGAGUUCCUGGGAAAUUCCACUGGUAAUCCUUACACCCUUCACACAAACGUGUUCAGCCAGGGCAAGGGUGACAGAGAACAGCAGUUCUUCCUAUGGUUUGAUCCCACUGCAGAUUUCCACACAUAUACCAUUCUCUGGAAUCCCAAAACCAUCAUCUUCUACGUGGACAACAUACCAAUACGGGAGUUCAAGAACCUGGAAAGAAUAGGGGUGCCGUACCCCAAAGACCAGGCCAUGAGAGUACACUCAAGUCUGUGGAACGCUGACGACUGGGCCACGCAGCACGGUCUGGUCAAGACCAACUGGACCUUAGCCCCAUUCAAUGCUUGGUACAGAAAUUUCUCCAUGGAUGGCUGCAUUUGGUCUCCGGAAACAAGAGCCUCUGCUUGUACUGACGCUGAUUUCUCGACCAGACGUGUGCUGAAAAUGGAGCUGGACAGGAGGAGCCGAGCGAGGAUGAAGAGGCUGCAGAAGAAACACAUGGUGUAUGAUUAUUGCAAGGAUAAGUGGAGGUUCCCUAAGGGCCCUGGCCGUGAAUGCAGGAUGAACUAGUAUGAGGUUAUGAGUGGUUGUUGUGUUUUGAGUUUUAGUUUAGGGCUUAAGGUUAUUUGGAGGGGUUGCCAAGAAUUAGGUUAGGUUUGUUUGAUUAGUGAUCAUAGUUUAAAAUCUGUUCGGAUCUUUAUUGUAAAAUAGUGUUACGUCCGGUUUUCUCUUACUUAAAAAUAAAUGGGGCAUAUGUCUAGAUUCAUGCUACUUAUGCGUUUGGAAAGAAUUUUGUACCUAUAAUGUGUAUAUGGGUUUAUUGUGAUUUUGGUCAUGUAUCUAUAAGGGGUUCGCAA